UGUGUGUGUAGUAAACGCUCAGCCCGAUUCCGCGGAGGGCAGGCGAUAAAUUCUUGUCUGGAACUCGCUAUUUCACUGCCAUUUAACGUUCUCAACACGUACUGGGUGUAGUGAAAUGUUGCGAUGUCAUAUCAGAUGUCACUGGUGUUCACAUUUGCCUUAAAAUAACGAAGAAACCUCGUUUAAUUUUGCAAUCUCUGCUGAUGUUCGAUUUACAUGAGAGACUCACACACGGGGCGUGACCUCAUCUAUUCAGUGACCUUUGACCUUAUGCAACCAGGAAGUACUGCACACACACACACAGCAUGCACUGCCGACUUUUAAAAAGUAUGGCGCGGCAAAAAUGAAAAUGGUUGAAUGCUGACAAGUUAAAGAACCUCCUCUUGAAUUUACAGACAUCGGUAAAACCUGUGACUUUUCUAACCCGGAAGCAGCAGCAUCUUUCAUUGUCCAGCAUGACAGAGGUGAUGGUAUCACAGCGGAGUCAAGAAUGGUUUGAGCUCAGACGAGGUUUGCAGCUGACCGCUUCGAGGUUUGGAGACGCUUUAGGAGUUGGACGAGGACGACCGUUCGAUUUCUUCCAGUCACUCAUCUCUGAAGACGCUUGCUACCAGGACAAGAAAGAGGAUGAGUGCACAGCGCAUGGCAUCAGAGUAGAACCAGUCAUUGAUGAGGCUUAUCAACUUCUUACUGGAAACACCACACAAUCGUCUGGCCUCUGGUUGCCAAAAGAGGGCAGUAUACUACAUGGCUUGUGUGGAGCAACACCUGAUGGAAAGAUUGUAUCUAGCAGUGAUCCUAACAAACUGAUAGGACUCGUAGAAUACAAAGCUCCUGUCUAUCAGAUGUACGAUUGCUCUAAGGUACCUCAUGGCAUACCAAGGAACUACAUGGCACAGGUGCAAGGACAGAUGGCAAUCAGCGGGGCCCCUUGGUGUGACUUCAUGGCGGUGUGCGUCAAGACUAAACAGCUCAGUCUACAGAGGGUCUUUGCUAAGCCGGUCUACUGGCAGUUCAUAGCCAAGAAGCUCCAGCAGUUCUGUCUGAUCUUCAGAGAUGCGAAGCAGCGCCAGAAGAAGAAGCAGCAGUUUCUCUAUCUCCCAGGUGUUCAGAGAUUGAAGGUUGAACCAAUGGCUAGGCAACCUUUCCCGGGAGAGGGGAGCAUCACUGUCAAGAAUCUCAUUCAGAGGAAUAGCAAAGGUCAAUACAAGUCACUGUCGUCGACAUGGCUAGAUUUUGAUUUCUUGAUGGGAUUAGAGCCGUCCAAUAAUCCCAUCCUUGAGGAUUAUGACUACGAGUGCCGGCUUAGAGAUAUAGACAGGGAGAUCAGGCAAGGUCAAAGUUCAUCAUCUGGGAACGACAUUAGGUGAUAUCGCUUUUUUUUUCAGUAAAAGAAAGUAAAACUCAACUUUAUUCUCAGAUGGGAGAUCAAGCAACUUUUCAGCUGAUCAGCAGAUUUCCUCUUUUUCUUUUCGAAACGGUGCCAUAGAAAACUGAAAAACACUGUACAAAUGUAAAGUGUGAUGGGCCAUUUACUUGAAAUUUGUUUGAAAUUAGAAAGUUGCGUGUCUAGUUCUAACUGAGGAAUCAUUGUAUUUGUAUAUAUUUUUAUGAGAAAUUUAUUCAGCUGUAUUAUAUAUUGCAUUGUGGCCAAGCAGUUUAGUUUGUAGUAUCUAAGUUCUAUCAUUUACUAGUUGGGGUUCAAAUCCUGGCCUAGCUGGUCACACAGCGUGUGUUAUUAAGUAAAACACAUCAUCUUUAUUGGUCCUACAGUUUGUUUGGUGUUUGUUUAGAUGAUCUUCCCAUCAAGGGAACUCGGGCAAACUCCCACAAGGGGAUAUAAACACUAAG